AUGGACGCUACGACACUCGCGGUGCUCUGGAACCUCAAGAUCGUCGUCACGGCCGUGCUGGUCCGAUUCGUACUUAAGCGGAAACUCUCGGAGCUGCAGCACAUUGCGCUUCUGCUGCUUGUAGUCGGCGUCCUAACGAGCCAAUCGAGUCAUUUACGGGUGAAAGACCAAGAAGACGUGAUGACCGAGGAAAGCAGCAAGAAGGAGAUGCUGAUGACGAGGGACUCGUUUGCUGCUGACACGAGCACUCGGGACUUUGGUCCGGGCGUGCUUUUGGUGCUCGUGGGUGUCACGCUGUCGUCCUGUGCCAGUGUGUUCACUGAGUGGGCGUUCAAGAGGAAGUCCGAGUGUCCGUUUCUGUGGCAGAGUCUGCAGAUGUAUUCAUUUGGCGUCCUCUUCAACACUGCUGGUGUUCUGCUGGUCGAGAGCGACGACAUUGUCACGAAGGGAUUCUUCCAUGACUUUAAUCACUGGACAGUGGCUGUGAUUGCAGUCCACAACAUGGGCGGCAUCGGCAUCGGCUUCAUCCUCAAGUACCUGGACAACAUCGCGUGCGUCUACGCCCAUUCCAUGGCGAUGGUGCUCACGAUGCUCGCAUCCAUGCUCUUCUUCUCCUUCUCGCCAACGCUCGAGCUCGGCUGCGGUCUCACGGUGCUCCUGAUCUCCGUGUACAUCUAUCAUCACCCGCUGGCCGCUGCUGUCGAUGCAACGGUGUCGGAAGAUGCUGCAAAAUCGUGUCACUCAUCGACGACGAGGAUGGGCUCCGAUAUUCAGGGAAGGAGCGCAGACUCGAACAGUGCCGAGACGGAGCGAAGGAUUUCGAUUAAACUGCAAGAAAUGGAUGAUGAUGACGACGAUGACGAUGACGAUACGGACACUUGCUCCAUCCUCUCGAGCUCCAGUGACUCGUUGUCGUCCAUGCCACCACGAUCAAUGCACGGCAUGCAGCUCAAGAAGACGCAAUACUCGAUGCUUGCAAGCGAGGCGCUGUAA